ACGGCUACAUUUCUAUCACGUGUAUUCCCUGAGGAGUUACAUGGCUCAAACUUUCAGUUAAUCCCUUUCUUCCUCUGACUCCCCUUGAGAGACUCAGGAGCUGGCUCUUGCUCAGUGGGCCAAGAGCACUGUGGUAGUUCAGCACUGACUCUUCUGACGUCUCUGUGCAAGGAGUGACAAGCCAAUUUUCAGCUGCCUUAGACACCUAAGUCCCGCCUUCCGAGUGCCUUCUGACAGGCAAAGUAGUGGAGGUGAGGGGAGAGUGGCUGAGAGGCCUCACAGGGGUAUGUGGUCUGUGCCUUGUUUGUUUUAAACUAGCAGGUCGGAGGGUGUCCUCUAGAACUGGGAAAGGUAGGCCCAGAAGUAGCCUGAUACCAGCCCUCACAGGGGACUUGACUUGAGCUUACUCAGAACUUUAUAAAAUAGGCCUUACAGCCCUUCUGUGAGGGAAAGCAGCAGUCUCACCUCCUUUCCCAGAUGGAAGUGAGGCACAGAGUGGUUCAGUGACUGGCAAAAGUGUUACAGCAGCUCGAUGACAGAGCUAGACUGGAUGAUUGAGGCUGCGUAGGCCCCUCGCCCUCCUUCUAGCUGCGCAAAGUUCUCCAGGUGAAGAAGGCACCGUCUAUUAAAUGUAGACGGGCCUAAACAUAUCUUUCAAAAACACAAAUGGGAACAACAAAGAAAAGGAAUAUGGGUCACUUUAGAAGCUUGAUGAUCUUUGCUUGCGAUGGAGAAGACUUGAGCUUUUUGGAAAGUUUUACCAGAGAUUUCACUGCUGAAUUGUUAAUGACUGCUGUGACAAUGGCAGAAAGUGGUGGACAGGAAAAUGCAAGAUGGAUCACAACAGUUAUCAUGAGUUCAUCUCUCCAGAGUCAUGAAGUUUCAACUUCUCUACAGAGUCAACACCACAGAGUUCGAUAUUCAGAUUCAGUGGCAAAUGGAUCCAUUAUUUUUUCUCUUUCUGGUAUUGCAUUUCUAUUGGCAGACACCCAAGACUUGUUAAAGACAGGAGAAGAACUGUUUUUAGACAGAAUUGAGAAGUUCAUAAACAUUCAUCGGAAUAGUUUUUUGCUUUUGUCGGCUGCUUUGCAUGGACCAAAAGAAUGGGAUUUAAUGUUCAGGAUUCAGAAAAGAUUCCUGGGCAGUAAUUUACGUUUAAUUCCAGUUCAUAACACUGCUGAAACAGUUAAACUCAUGCUAACUAUAGCCAAGACCACUUGCAAACCACACAUAGACAAUAUUCGCGACAGAAUGCUAAUGGCAAAAGCGCAGAUCACAGACCAGAGUCCAGUUUGGAAAAUGCUUCACAAGAGCCAGUUGGAUUGUAACUAACUUUGUAUCAGUUAGAUUUAUUCAAAAGUUCUGGAGUUACCUUUCUAAGCAAAAUACAAAUGCUUUUCUUGUCUUUUCAAAAGCAGCAACUGUACAAAAACAGUCAGUUAAAAUAUUUGCAUGUAAUUGACGCAUUAAAUUAAAAUUUGCAAUGCCAUAUAGUGUGAAUUAUACCAAAUUUGCUACCUUGGAAGGAAAUUAAAGGAUUUUUAAAAAAGCUCUAUGAUGUUUUGUUUUUAUAAUGUGGACAAUUUAAAUAUAACUGCAUUAAAAAGCAUGUUCCCUACCUUUAGCUUGAUUGCAAAGUUAUUUGUUGUUGUUCAAAAUAUUUAAACACUUCUUUGGAAGAUUCUUUAGAAUAAGAAAAAUAAAAAUAAUCCUAGAAUAGGUUCCCCCAUGUUCAUAUACUUUAGACCUUAUUUAUGCCUUAACACUUUAGGCACUGAAUUGCAUUAUUGUUUUUCUUUACAAAAAUAUGUCUACUGUCUUGUUUACUAUAUAACCUUUCACUGGGGAAAGUUCUAAAUAUAUCUGGUUUUGUCCCAGAGGUGCUUUUAGAAGCAUGGAUUCUCCUUGUCUUCAAAUCUCUACGCUCAGAUCACUGGUAUGCAGAGUCCUAAUUUACAGUCACUCUUUAUUAAUCUACAGGCAGUCCCCGGGUUACGUACAAGAUAGGGACUGUAGGUUUGUUCUUAAGUUGAAUCUGUAUGUAAGUCAGAACUGGCGUCCAGAUUCAGCCGCUGC